AUGGCGUAUCCCUCACAGUAUCUCUUUCGCGUGCGAGACCUUGAGGGUGUUUUAUGCAAAUACAGACAGAAACAUGACGAGAAUAUGCUCUGUAUCGAAUCAGAGCUCAAGCAUAGAUCAGAUGGCCCCCAAGCGCGUCCAAUUAAGUCUGACACCAAAAAGAAAAAGAAAAGAGUACGUUUCGCAUCGCAUGACUCGUCAGGAAAAAUAACGACAAUGUCCACCACUCCUGCCAUCGAUCGCAAGAAAGAGCUUGAUUCGGAGCUCCUCAAAUUGAGAGAGCUGUGCCUCAUGCUAGACUGCUUAGAACGCCAAAUUCAAACCUCAAAAUUCGAAAAGAAAGACGAGGUUCUCUACUACAUCAAUAUUCGGUUCACAAGGCUUGUGGUUCUCUCUGAAAAGCACAUUCUUGAACUCGAACUUCUUGAGAAGGAAGCGAGACUUUCUCGUGUCAUCAGAAGAAUGAAAGAGCAGAAAUCUGCUCUGAGACAUGAAGUGAAUUCGUGGCUGAGCUUACAGGAAAGAACAUCGAAGCCGCUUCGAGCAGAUUCGCGAAAGUGGGGGAGUCGUACUGAGGUUUCGAGCGAGGCGAACCUAAGAGCUGAGAGGUUUCGACAGGAAUUUGAAGUUGGAGCGUGUGGCAGAACCCUAGAGAAACUUCAAGAAUCGCUAAAUAUCAUUUUGCUGGUGGAAAAAGCCGCUGCAAUAUCCGGGAGUAUGGGAGGACUUCUUCAUUUAAAGAGAUUGUUUUUUGAGUGGUGGUGAGGGUUGGUUCCUGGCUAACCAAUGCCUGGUUUUUUAUAUGAUAAUUACCUGCAGAAAAUGAAAUAAAAGUCUCGCAAUAAAGAUGAAAUGGUGCUUCCCUGAUCUCCUUCCAUUACCGAUGCGUAUGUUAUACUUCCAAGCUCCACGUGACAUAUGUAUUGCGAAAUAAUCACUAGUAUGACGAAUUUGUGUUCCCCUCAUUUAUCAUUACCAAGCAUGCAACCUUCCCUGUGGAGCCAUCUCUUCAGUCUAAAGAACAACAAUAUCUCGUUCCACGAUAUCUAUAAAAAAGGGGGUUAUUGCGCCCGGAUCACUCGUCUCGCUUAUUUUAUGCUUAGUUUAGCCUCAGACACCACGGUUGUUCGUUUUUCUUCCUCUAGGUCAUCUUGAAAACUUGAGGAAAAAUAUCAUAACGAAUCCUUAGAAUUCAGAGAUUCAGCUUUACGCAACUGACUGAAAGUAACAAAAUAACGUCGGUAGCAAUUAUCGGAGCCGGUGCUGCAGGUGAUUAGAAUUUCUUGGCAUCCAGCAAAGUCUUCGUUGCUGAUCAAGUACAGGAGCUGUUACAGCAGCGGCCUUUUCAGCGGAGCACAAUUUUGAAAAGAUUACAGUAUUUGAGCGUCGAGAAUGUGCUGGAGGGACAUGGUAUUGUUGAUAAUCUCACACACUUCACAUCUGCUAACUCAUUUACCAAGGAUCUACGAUCAAUCACCCCCACACGAUCUGCCCAUCCGCCCCGGGAGUCUACCACCAGAUUCAGAUCCGCCUCUCGAGAUCCCGAAUAAUCUACCAAAGAUCACAUCCCCGAAUGAACAGGAAAGAUUUACCAAAACACCGAUAUAUUCUUCUUUGACGUAA